AUAAAAAAGACAAUGUAAAAAACCCGAUGAAAAAAGACAUCGUAUUUCCCGAGAUAUUUAUAGAUAAACAUGCUCAUUUGCACCUGCCUCGGCGAUCGAUAAUCCAGUUAAGUGUAACUUCCGGUUUAAUGUACACAAGUUUCGUGACGUCAAACGAUGUGUUUAGCAUACACGUGUUGUGUGUAGAUAUGGCCGAGAGAGCUGUCAGGGAGGAUAAUUACGUAGAAUCAGAGGUAUCUGAAGACGAACUGUCGUUGGAUUUAUCCUGUGGUUCUUCUAGCUUCGAUGAAAAUAUUGAAACCGACCCAAAUUCAAUUGCACCAUUCCGUUUUGAACCGUAUGCAAGUAGUUCUGAUGAGGAGUCUGUUGAAGUUGAACGUGCAGAUUACGAUGAUAAUAACACCAGACUUCAAAAUACCGAAUGGUGCACAUGUGGAAACUGUAUAGUAAUGCCUACAGCAGCUGAGUGUGUAUGCUGUCAAGAAGUGGAUAGGGUGCAUGCCCUACUCGAAGAAUCAGAAAAUGCAAUUAAUUGUAUAACAUUUCACCCUGGUUUCCAUCCAGCAUGUCUAAAUGUAUAUGUUCUGCAAAUUGCAUAUUAUCAGUAUAGACAACAAUACAAUGAAAGUAUACCAGAUUCAUCGGAAAUGUACAGAUAUACAGCUUAUCGACAGCUUGCACGCUGGGCAUGGGGGUACUUGGGAAAGAAAGUAAGGGUUGUUCUACCCUCCUGUGCAGUCGCUUAUAUCAGAAACACUUUUCCAAGUGGAUCAGGACAUUAUACUGGUUUCAAACCAGGUUAA